AUGGUGCGUUCAAAGACCUCUGUGUGUGUGGGAGGAGAGGCUCCGUACAGAGGGAUUGAUGGUCUCGCUGUGGCUUAUGGUGUCGCUGUGAACAAACUCACUCUGCCCAUUCCCUCCACCUGCCCUCAGCCAUUCGCCCAGCUCAUGUCAGAGUGCUGGGACCAGGACCCUCACCGCAGACCCUCCUUCUGCUCCAUCCUGUCCCAGCUGCAGGCCCUGGAGCAGCAGGUGAAGGAGGAGAUGCCCCCGGACUCCUUCCACUCCCUGCAGGACGACUGGAAGCUGGAGAUCCAAGACAUGUUCGACCAGCUGCGAGCCAAAGAGAAGGAGCUGAGAUGCCGUGAGGAGGAGCUGAAGAGAGCCGCCCUGGAGCAAAAGUCUCAUGAGGAGUUCCUGAGGCAGAGGGAGGCGCAGCUGGCUCAGUGGGAGCAGGACGUGUUCGAACGUGAGCUCAGCCUCCUCAUCCUCCACCUCAACCACAACCAGGAGAAACCCAACGUCAAGAAACGGAAAGGAACCUUCAAGAAACACAAGCUGAAGGCCAAGAAUGGGGAGAAGAUCAGCAUGCCCCAGGACUUCAUCCAUAAGAUCACGGUGCAGGCCUCUCCAGGGCUUGAGAAGCGGAGAAACUCCCCUGACCUGGGUCCCGGCUCCUCCCCCUCUUUUGGACCCAGGUUACGAGCCAUUCAGCUGUCUCCUGGCGACCACAGCAUGGCCUUCAUGGGGCCAAUCCUGUCCCUGGAGACGCCCUCCCUGAAGCAGACCCAGUGGAGACCGCAGAGCCCCAAGAGUCCCAAGAGUCCAAAAGUCCUGCGCCUCAGUCCGCAGGAGAGCAGUUUGUCAAUGCGUGCCAAGCUGCUGGAGUCCGACAGCAGCGAGAGCCGAGAGUCUAAGGAGGACUACGAGACGUACAGACCAAACACACACACCCCUCCUCCAUCGCACAACGGCUCCUGGGGCAGAGACAGCCUGCGCCUGCCUCUGCCCCAGGGCGACUCCAGCAGCGACGGUGGCGGCUCCUCUCCUGCCGGCUCCCCCCGUCCUGAGAGGCUGUUCCCCGGGGGCCUCCUGAAGGGGACUCACCGGGCCCUGGUGGGGGGCGGGUCCCAGCUGGCCUCCGUGGCUCUGGGUCGCCCCCUUGACGUGCCCCCCCCUGUGCCCCCCCGCAGCCACGCCUCCUCCCUGGGCGAGCGCACCCCCUCCGAGCCCGACGUGAGGCCCGAGCCGGCGGUGGUGGACGACCUCAUCUCCCUCAGCCCCUCAGACCUGCCCCCAGCCCCUGCUCCAGUGCUGCUGAGCCCACCCCCGCCUCACCCCCGUGGCACCAGGAGCACCCCGCAGCCUCAGCCUCAGGAGGGGAGUCCGGGAGUACAGGGUCUCAACGGAGAUCAGGGCAGUGAGGCCUGGGACCCCCACACGCUGAGGAGGAGGUCCAGUCUGCACAGCUCUCAGAUCAUGUUGGACCUGCCGCUCUGCCAGGACGUCCAGGACCCUGAGGACAAACCGCUGCCCGCCUUCGCUCUGCACCCGCACCCCGGACUGUGGAGCCCCAAGACCCGCCGCCUGGAGGUGUCCGUCAUCCCGCGGCCGCGCCCUUCCCCCGUCCGCCAGCGCAUCGACCCCUGGAGCUUCAUCUCCACCCCCUCCCCCUCUUCCCCCCACCGCCCCUCCCCCACCAACCCCUUCAGCAGCUGCGACCCCUUCCCCUCGGCGGACUGCGACCCGUUCUCCCUGAAGGCAGACCCAGCCGGAGCGCGCCCCUCGGCCUUCGACCCGUUCUGCGCGCCGUUCCCCUUAACAUCUUCGCGGUCGGCGCCGUGCUCGGCUAACGGCUCGCCAACGUUAACGCAUCACCUCCGCGCGGCGCCCGUGGACCCUGUGGCCGACUCCCCGCUCAUAGACCUGGGGUGGGCGAGCCGCGGCGCCGACGGAGCCAGAGAGAGGGCGCUGCCGAGGAAGACGCUCGGGCUCAAGCCGUUCAGGUCCCCCACACAGCUCAGGGACGACCGCUUCUAG